AUGGUGCGGCGACGAGAGUACUUACGGGGCGGAUACGGCAUCCAUCUUCUUAAGAAGACGGUGCCUACAGAGUCGUUCUUCAACUUCUUCGACCCACCCAAGCCCCCGCAGGACGACGAUGACGCCACCUCGGACAUUGAGGAGCGUCUCGAGCUCGACUACCAGCUCGGCGAGGACAUCAAGGAGAAGCUCAUUCCCCGUGCUAUUGACUGGUUCACCGGCGAAGCCCUCCAGUACGAGAACAUUGAGGACUUUGACGAGGGCGAGUUUGAGGACGAGGACGACGAGGAUGAGGACGAGCUCAGCGAUGACCGCGAGGAGGAAGAGGAGUCUGACGACGAGAACGACGGCACAAAACCCAAGCAGGAGGCUGCUGAGUGCAAGCAGAGCUAA